CCCACCUACCAAAUUCUAAUCUUAAAACCCAAGGGAUUUCGACCUCUCAACAGCCUCUGCAUAUGCAUGCCUUCACAUUCGCAUUCCCAUUCCCAUUCCCAUUUCUUGUGCUUCCUUGCAACUUGCUUCUUAGAACAGAAACCUUAGAUCUCAACUCUCUUUCUCCCUCUGCAUGGCCAAUUUGAGAUAUUUUGUCGGGUUUUGUGUUUUGAUUCUUGUCUUGGAACCCAAGCUUCUUGCAUUAGCCGAUGACAGUGGUAAUGUCGGCGUAGGCAGUGGCAGAGGUGGUGGAGUGCCAGAGCUUUGUAACAUAGAUGCCAGGAGUUUCCUUCCUCCCCCAUAUGGAAAUUUAUCUAGUGUCAUCUGCAAGCCUAUCUGGAAUACUUUCAUCUUGAGGUACUCCCAUGAUGAAGAUAAUGUGGUGAACAUUAUAUUAUCUUCUGUAUACACCACUGGAUGGGUGGGAAUAGGAUUUUCCAAAGAUGGUAAGAUGGUUGGUUCUAGUGCCAUGGUGGGAUGGAUCAAUAGAAAAGGUCAUGCAAAAAUAAAGCAGUUCUAUUUGCAAGGUUCCAAGGAGUGGGAAGUCAUACCAGACAAAGGUGAAUUGCCACUCACUGGUAUUCCUUCUUCUCUUGUGAUUCAUGGACCUUCAAUUUACUUGGCAUUUCAGUUGAAAUUUGAAAAUCACCUUGCUCGCCAACCCAUUAUAUUGGCUUUCGGAACCAGAAUUCCAAAGCACUCCCACCUAAGUCACCACGAUGACAAAACAACAAUCUUAUUCGACUUCUCUGCAGGUUCACAUGUAUCUGCGGCAUCCACUAAUUUUGGCCAGAUGAAAAAGAAUCAUGGUGUAUUGGGUAUAAUCGGAUGGGGUCUAAUCCUUCCUAUUGGGGCAAUUGUCCCAAGAUACUUCAAGCAUAAGGACCCCCUUUGGUACUACCUUCAUUCAGUUCUUCAAUUCAUCGGGUUUGCCAUCGGACUUGCUACCGUGAUACUUGGAAAACGACUUUAUAAUCUAAUACAUGCUGAUUUUCCAAGUCAUAGAGGCAUAGGAAUUUUUGUUCUAGUACUUAGUAUUCUUCAGAUUCUAGCAUUCUUUCUCCGCCCGAACAAGGACGCCAAGACUCGCAAGUUCUGGAAUUGGUACCACCACUGGGUUGGAAGGUUUGCCCUUUUCUUUGGAGCUUUGAACAUAGUAUUGGGAAUCCAAAUUGGAGGUGCAGGGAGUGAUUGGAAGAUUGGCUAUGGAUUUCUUCUCGGAAUAGUUAUUGUUACUGUCAUUGUUCUGGAAGUACUAGCAUAUUUGAGAAGGUCUGAGAAGCCUACUCCCUUGGAUCCAUCCUUCCAAAUGAAUCCAGUUGAAUAAGUUACAUUCAAGUACUAUGACUAAAGGUCUGGUUUUCUCUUUCUAUUUGUUUUCUUUAUAAAAGUGUUCUGAAAUUUCAAGAACCCUUUAUACUGAAACGAGUUGAUAAUUGAUGCUAUAUGUUG